AUGAAAGAUGUUAAUUCUGAUAAAUGGAUUGAUGCCAAUAGAGAUGAAAUAGACUCGAUGGUUAAGAAUGAAGUUUGGGACAUCGUUCCAUUGACUGAUGGACACAAAGCAGUCGGGUGUAAGUGGAUUUUUAAGACCAAGCUCGACUGUAAUGGCAAUGUAGAACGAUAUAAAGCCAGACUUGUAGCAAAAGGGUUUAGUCAAAAGGAAGGCAUCAAUUAUAGUGAGACUUUUUCACCUGUGUCUAGAAAAGACUCUCUCAGAAUUAUCAUGGCGUUAGUAGCUCAAUAUGAUCUCGAGUUACAUCAAAUGGAUGUGAAAACUGCCUUUCUUAAUGGAGACUUGCAAGAAGAAGUCUAUAUGCGCCAACCUGAAAGCUUCAUAAUCGAAGGUCAGGAAGAUAUGGUUUGCAAAUUGAAGAAAUCAAUAUAUGGACUGAAACAAGCUUCGAGGCAAUGGUAUCUAAAGUUUGAUGAAACCAUCACGAAAUUCGGUUUCAAAGAAAACAUUGUGGAUCCAUGUAUAUACCUCAAGAUCAGUGGGAGUAAGUUCAUAUUUUUGGGUGACAAGCUUAACCUUAAGCAAUGUCCGCAGAACGAAAUGGAACAUAAUGAAAUGCAAAAGUACCCUUACGCAUCUCUUGUGGGAAGUUUGAUGUACGCACAGAGUAACCCAGGACUUGCUCAUUGGAAAGCUGCAAAGAAAGUUUUGAGAUACCUAAAAGGAACAAGAAACUACAUGUUGACAUAUCAAAAAUCAACACAUCCACAAAUGGUUGGAUUUUCAGACUCAGAUUUUGAUGGUUGUGAAGAUUUUAGGCACUGUACUCUCGGCUAUGUGUAUCUCCUUGGUGGAGGUGCCAUUUCAUGGAAAAGCCAGAAGUUAGAAUUGAUUUAUACAUCCACCAUGGAGGCUGAGUAUGUAGCAUGUUAUGAGGCUUCUAUUCAAGGAACAUGGUUACGGAAUUUCGUGUCAGAGUUUGGGGUUUUGAAUUUUGUUGACAAACCUCUAACUCUUUACUGCACUGAGCUAAUGGUCGCAGACAUAUUUACGAAAGCAUUACCUCCAAAGACAUUUAUGAAGCAUGCAGAAAAUGUAUUCAAAAGAUUUACAGGGGAUGAUGGAAAGUUUGAGCAGUCUCUUACGGGAGAUGCCAAAGGUAUACUGAGCUUGUAUGAAGCCGCUCACUUGGGAACAACAACAGAUUAUAUAUUGGAGGAGGCAUUGAGUUUCACAUCGAGCCACUUAAAGUCUUUAUUGGCAGGUGGGGCAUGUCGGCCUCAUUUCUUAAGGCUUAUAAGGAACACACUUUAUUUACCUCAGCGGUGGAAUAUGGAAGCAGUAAUUGCAAGGGAAUACAUUUCGUUUUACGAACAAGAAGAAGAUCACGACAAGAUGUUACUCAAAUUAGCCAAACUCAGUUUCAAGUCAUUGCAACUGCAUUACAUUAAAGAACUAAAAACCUUUAUCAAAUGGUGGAUGGAGCUAGACCUUACUUCUAAGUGGCCAAGUCAAUUUAGAGAGAGGAUCGUGGAAGCGUGGCUAGCAGGAUUGAUGAUGUAUUACGAACCACAAUUUUCAGGUGGGAGGGUAAUUGCCGCUAAGUUCAACUACCUUCUUACAAUUUUAGAUGAUGCUUGCGAUCAUGCUUGCGAUCAUUAUUUCUCUAUCCCUGAGCUUACAAGACUCGUAGAUUGUGUGGAAAGAUGGAGUCCUGAUGGCGUUGACACACUAGAAGGUAUAUCACGAAUUGUCUUCAAACUUAUGUUGGAUGUUUUCGACGAUAUCGAAAGAGGAGUGAGGUCUAAAGGAAGUUCCUACCACUUGAGGGAAAUGUUAGAAGAGCUCAAGACACUUGUGAGAGCAAAUCUUGAUCUUGUCAAAUGGGCACGAGAAAUUCAGGUGCCUAGCUUUGAAGAACAUGUAGAGGUUGGUGGAAUAGCACUUACCACAUAUGCAACAUUAAUGUAUUCUUUUGUUGGAAUGGGAGAGACUGUUGGGAAGGAAGCUUAUGAGUGGGUAAGAUCGAGGCCAAGACUAAUCAAAUCUCUAGCAGCAAAGGGUCGUUUAAUGGACGAUAUGACUGAUUUUGAGAACGACAUGAGUAACGGUUUUGCUGCGAAUGCGAUCAACUAUUAUAUGAAGGAAUGUUUAGUUACCAAGGAAGAGGCUAUUCUAGAUUGUCAAAGAAUGAUCUGGGACAUCAAUAAGACCAUAAAUGAGGAACUACUCAAGACAUCUGACAUGCCACGUCGAGUUCUCAAGCAAGCACACAAUUUUGGACGCUUAUUGGAACUCCUCUACACCAAGUCCGAUGAUAUAUACAAUUGUAGUGACGGAAAACUCAAGGAGUAUAUGGUAACUCUUCUCAUAGAUCCAAUACGUAUUUGA